AUGCGAGACUCACCGGUCAGUCACCUGACGUCAUAUCAUGCGAACCUUGUCUUUCCCUCUACUCAUCCCUCGACCUUGCUUUCACCAGCUAUAGACUGCCAUUGUGCGCAACUCGGCGACCAUCGUGGCCCAGAGAAUAACCUUGGGGCCUGUGGCUGGGCUACGGCCCUUGUGAUCGUUUGCAUAAUUCUCACCCAGCAUGGCGACCCGAACUCACGUGUAUUUGCUUCCGUUGGCCAACGAUGGCGCUCCAGAUGUUCCGGGAGGUUUUAUCUACCUCCCUCCUCCGACCCAUCCCCCAUAUCUGCUUCGCUCCGGGAGAGUGCUUUAAAAGCAACAAAUUCAGGGAAUUCAAGUAAGGACCCGUUCGCCUUGCUCAUCAUUUACAACCGUAAACUGAUGGUAAAUUAUGGACUGAAACCGGUAUUCAACCGAGAGUUCAAGAUUGAUAUCCCAAUUACGUGUGCAGGAGCCUUUUCCUUCUAUAUCACUUACAGCCUUCUUCCCAAACUCUCGGACUCGUUCGCACCUUCGCCCCAAACCGAAAUAAGAACGGAGACGUACUAUAUAGAUGUGUGUCCGGAUAUUAGGCUUAAUGGCAAACGAAUGCCCGUCGAGUCUCUUUCGAUAUUCUCUAUCGUCUCCAAAUUCAUGGGCAAGUUCCCGGCGGAUUGGAACAAGCAUCUUCAGGGAAUUGGGCAACGGGGAUAUAAUGUUGUUCAUUUUACGCCCUUAAUGACUCGAGGGGCGUCAAAUUCUCCGUACAGCAUAUACAACCAGUUAGAAUUUGAUCGCCAAUGUUUUCCGAAUGGAGAAAGCGAUGUUAUAGAUAUGGUCACGAGAAUGGAAAAGGAGUACGGACUGCUUGCAUUGACUGAUAUUGUAUGGAACCAUACAGCACAUAACAGCAAAUGGCUCCAGGAACAUCCCGAAGCUGGCUAUAAUGUGGAAACUGCCCCUUGGUUAGAAGCUGCCCUGGAGUUGGACGACGCUCUGUUAAGUUAUGGAAAUGCGUUGCAAAGUCUAGAUUUACCCACAGAGUUUAAAACCGUCGAGGAUCUGGUUUCCGUCAUGCAGCAGAUGAGGCCACAUGUUAUUGAAAAGAUUAAGCUUUGGGAAUUUUACUCGGUCAAUGUUCAGCGUGAUACGGAGGCAAUCAUCAAAGCCUGGAAAUCUGGCAAUCUUGAUUAUCCAAAAGGCGGCUUCGGGGAUGUCGGAGUAGGAGGCUUAAGCGAAAUUCGACAGUGGCCGUUUGAAAGGAAAGCUGCUUUCCUACGUGAAAAGGCACUUGAAAAUGACAACCAGAUUUUAGGGAGAUACAGCAGAAAAGUAAAUCCUCGAAUCGGUGCUGCACUCAUCACUGCGCUAUACGGUCGAUACGACGAAACGACAGCAGAUAUACCUGUCGUGGAAGAGAAUGUCUUCAAAACUCUGGAUUCUCUGAAUUUGCCACUGUUCAGAGAGUUUGACGACGACGUCUCGGAAAUAUUUGACCAGUUAUUCCAUAGGAUCAAGUAUCUACGCCUCGAUGACCAUGGGCCUAAGCUGGGCCCCGUCACUCCAAAGAAUCCACUCGUCGAAACGUAUUUUACUCGUCUUCCGUUGAAUGAUAUCACUAAAGCGCAUAGCCCAAGGUCGCUUGCCUUGGUUAACAACGGGUGGGUGUGGAAUGCCGACGCUUUAAGGGACAACGCUGGGCCGGGUUGUCGGGCAUACCUAAAACGUGAAGUUAUCGUUUGGGGGGACUGCGUUAAACUGCGUUAUGGGAAUUGUCCGGAGGAUAAUCCAUUUUUAUGGGACUACAUGACUCGAUAUACAAAGUUAAUGGCGAAACAUUUUGCAGGAUUUCGCAUUGAUAACUGUCACUCCACACCCCUGCCCGUUGCGGAAUACUUGUUACAUGAGGCUCGGCGUAUUCGUCCGAACUUAAUGGUUUAUGCGGAGCUAUUCACGGGUUCUGAGAAGGUUGAUUAUUUAUUUACAAAACGACUUGGAUUGACAGCGUUGAUUAGAGAAGCUAUGCAGGCAUGGAGCGCUGCUGAGUUAAGUCGAUUGGUUCAUCGCCACGGUGGUCUUCCAAUUGGCAGUUUUGAUCCAAGCUUGUUAUCUCACUGGUGUCAAAUGGAGACCAAAGUUGUCCUCCACCAUAUUCGGCCAACUACGGUGCAUGCUCUUUUCAUGGAUUGUUCUCAUGAUAAUGAAACUCCUGCUCAAAAGCGAGAUCCGAGGGAUACAUUGCCCAAUGCAGCUCUGGUCGCAAUGUGCGCUUCUGCGAUUGGAAGUGUCAUGGGUUACGAUGAGAUAUAUCCUGAGCAUGUGAAUCUCGUCACUGAAACUCGCUCAUACCAUUCAGUCUUUUCAGAAAACGGCGUCCAAGACGCCACUGGCGAAGGAGGUAUUGGUGGAAUAAAGAAGCUUUUGAACAGCCUGCAUACAGAGAUGGCGAUUGAGGAAUAUGAUGAGACUCAUAUUCACCACGAUGCAGAGUACAUAACGGUUCACAGGGUACAUCCACACACGAGAAAAGGGACACUACUUAUAUCACGUACCGCAUUUUCUGCGUCUAAUGUUAAGCACAUCCUCGCUCCAAUUCACUUAACGGGCACCAAAGCAUCACUUUUAGGGGCCUGGAAAUUGGAAGUUGAGAAUGAUACCGAAGCUAAGCGAAUUGUAGCCGCUGAUGAGAAGUACCUGAGGGGUCUGCCCAGCCGUGUUUCUGAAAUAUCUGGGUUUCGGAUUGAAGAGAAUGGAGACGAUACGAUAAUAUAUACCCCCGAUGAUUUUCCACCGGGCUCAAUUGCUUUACUAAAAACACAUAUCCAUGAAAGAGAUUUACCGGUGGGCCUGAGUGAAUUUAUCACCGCUGAUGCAGAUGCAACUUUCCGCUCUGUUGAUCUUACCGGCCUGAAUUUCACCUUGUAUCGCUGUGAUUCCGAGGAAAGAGAGUCCAGCGGCGGGAAGGACGGAGUCUACAAGAUCCCAAAUUUUGGCCCUCUUGUUUAUGCUGGCCUUCAGGGAUGGUGGAGUGUUCUCGAAGAGAUAAUUAAAACGAAUGACCUAGGUCAUCCACUCUGUGAUAAUCUUAGAGCCGGCCAAUGGGCGCUUGAUUUUGUCGUCGGAAGGAUGCGGCGGGCUAUCACGCAACAGGGUUACUCACAACUUGAAGGACCGACAAAGUGGCUCGAAGACAGAUUCAACGCUGUACGUCGAGUACCAAAUUUCUUGCUGCCCCGAUACUUCACCAUCAUUAUCAAGGCUGCAUACGAUGCAGCUUGCAGACAUGCAAUUCAUUGUCUCGGGGUUAUUAUUGAGCAUGGACAACAUUUCAUUCACGAACUGGCGCUGGUUAGCGUACAGCAGAUGGGGGAGGUCAAGUCUGCUUCACUUUAUCCCACAAAGCAGGUGCCUUGCCUUGCUGCCGGUCUUCCUCAUUUUGCAACAGACUGGGCGAGAUGCUGGGGCCGCGAUGUCUUCAUUUCGCUUCGUGGGUUACUCCUCGCCACUGGACGCUUUGACGAUGCAAAAGAGCAUAUCCUUGCCUUUGCAAGCACGUUAAAACAUGGCAUGAUACCCAACUUACUUUCGUCUGGAAAGUUCCCUAGAUACAACUCUCGUGAUUCCGUUUGGUUCUUCUUGCAGGCUAUUCAAGAUUAUACCCAUAUCGUUCCCAAUGGUAUUCGAAUUCUGGAGGAAAAUGUUCCUCGACGAUUCUUACCCUACGAUGAUACUUGGUUUCCGUUUGACGAUAAGAGAGCGUAUAGUAGAAGUUCGACGAUCGCGGAAAUUAUCCAGGAGGUCUUCCAGAGGCAUGCAUCGGGUAUCUCGUAUAGGGAGCACAACGCUGGUCCGGAGCUGGACUUGCAGAUGAAGCCCGAGGGAUUUCAGGUGGAUGUCCAUGUUGACUGGGAGACCGGGAUUAUAUUCGGAGGGAAUCGGUGGAAUUGCGGGACAUGGAUGGAUAAAAUGGGAGAGAGCGUAAAGGCUAAAAACCAGGGAUAUCCAGGUACUCCAAGAGACGGCGCACCGAUUGAAAUUUCUGGGUUGCUCUACAGUGCGCUGCGCUGGGUGUCCGAUCUACGGAGAAAGGGCCACUACCCGUACUCAGGCGUUGACAUUGAGUCUGGACUAACAAUUACUUUCGAUGACUGGGCAACGAGGGUCAAAACACACUUCGAAAAGUGCUACUAUGUCCCUGUGGACUCUGAGGAAGACCGGGACUUCAACGUGGACAGCAAACUCGUGAACCGUCGCGGAAUAUACAAGGAUAUAUAUAAAUCUAGUCAACCUUAUGAGGACUAUCAGCUCCGCCCCAACUUUACUAUUGCGAUGACUGUUGCACCUGACCUUUUCGAUGCAGAAAGGGGGUUUCAUGCUCUGACCAUCGCUGACGUUGUCCUUCGCGGGCCACUGGGGAUGGCAACGCUUGACCCGACCGACCUGAACUACAGGCCAUAUUAUAACAACUCGGAAGACUCUACCGAUUUUGCAACUUCGAAGGGGAGGAACUAUCAUCAGGGCCCCGAAUGGUUAUGGCCAACUGGGUACUUUCUCCAAGCGCUGUUGAAGUUUUCUCUGUUGAGGAAUAGUUCACAUCAGAGCUUGAUGGACAUAUCCCAGCAGAUUACCAUGCGACUGGAGAGAUGCUGCAAAUCCCUGAGGGAGAGUACAUGGAAAGGUCUGACAGAAUUGACGAAUAAGAACGGGGAAUUUUGUGUUGAUUCGUCACCGACCCAGGCGUGGUCUGCAGCGUGUUUGCUGGCCCUGUAUUAUGAUGCUUCUGAGAUCCAGAAGGCAAGGUCGGCUUCCUUGAGUGUCUAAGGUGAUGUUUCCAUAGUCCUGCUUGGUCUGAUUUUUUUCUUCCUUCCCACCUUUUUGGGGUCAUUGCUUAGAUUUAAUGUCAUAUAUCAACCGUAAUAAUAUUAAAUUCCCAUAAUA